GUUGAGUUUUAACAUUGGGACAUUCGACUGCAAUUAUGAUCAGAGUCGAUUGGGGAAAAUAACAUCUCGCAUGCACUUUCAACGGACGCCGCAGCUCCACCUCUGAAAAUGGCCGCCGCGAACACGAAGAAGCAGCGAGGUCCGCCAGCUUCGAUGAAGUGGCCCGAGACGCAACGACCUCAGCCGGGCCAGAGACAAGGCACUGGACUCUUUACAGUAGACCGAGUGCUUCAAUUUCACAGCGACAUACCGUCAGCGCAGAGUCGUUCGCCCGCCCCACGUCCAGGACACAUGAGAACGCCUAGCGGACGACACCCGCUCGAUCCCAAACUCUCCGGCUUACAUGUCCCUACAAGUGUACCAACGCGCACGUCGAAAGUCACGGAGAAGCUGGUGCUUUUGCCCGAGGCAGAACAAGUGGACGAAGAGAAGGCAGCUUUUGAGGCUGACGAAACCGAUGGCCCUCCAACUGAUGACGAGUUGGCCUUGCGGAAAGUCAAAACACUGGGAAAAUCCGAAGCGGAACGGUUACCCAAGUCCGAAAGAGCAGAGAGAUUGGCGAGAGUCACAGCGUAUUGCACAGCGUCGGCCUUCAAGCUCAAAGCCGCAGCAGAGUUCCUCAAAUCGCAGCACAAUGCGCGAACGAAGAUGUACGACGACUGUUUGUACGUGGUUUAUCAUCUACCUCUUUUGCCAGGUCACAACGGCUUCCGCGUACGCAGCAGUCCCGCACUCAAAAGCCCAGGUGGCAAGCACAUAGUGGAUGAAGAGAUUGAACGGAAUGAGCUGCACGAAUACGGUGAAGGUUACUUUGGCGAAACGGACGAGUAUAACUUACGUACACACGAAAGCGGCAGCCCUUCUCCCCAGCGCGAUUACCUUAAUUCGCCAUCCCCACAAGACGCAAUCGCGGGCAACAAGCGGCGAAGAUCAUUCAGUCCUCCGCGUCUGAUAGCGCCUGACGCAAUGUCCUUUGGCGAGAUGUAUAUAUUCGGCUAUGGUGUUGUCGUGUUCUGGAACUUCACCGAGCGACAGGAGAAGGACAUUCUCGCUGACAUGACGUUCUCAACAUCUGUCCCGCUCGCGACGAAGCCGCAGCCCCCAGACUCAUUCGAGACGGAAGAAUUCCAUUUUGAGUACAAUCCUGAUGUCGCACGCCCUCGCAUUUUCAACGACAUGAUCACUCUCAAGAGCGGUGACCACAUGAUCAAACUCACUAUGAGCCAUGCGAUUGCACAGAGUACGAAGCUCAGCUUCUUCGAAGAACGCAUGCAGGACACCAUGCAGGAAGCUGUCGAUGUACCUCGUCGUCUCGCUCUUACAGGACGAUUGGGCAUGAAACGCGAAGAAGUUGUUAAGAUCCUCGGCCGUCUCUUCGGGUCUCGCGUUGACGUCAAUCUCUCAUCUAACAUUCUUGAUACCCCUGACUUUUUCUGGGACUCUGAGCCAACCCUUCAUCCCCUAUACUCCGCCGUUCGGGAAUAUCUGGAGAUUAAGCCUCGUAUUCAGGUUCUCAAUGAGCGCUGCAAAGUCUUCCUUGAUCUUGCGGAGAUUUUGAGCGACAGUAUUGCAGAUAAGAAGAUGACAAGCAUCACGUGGAUCAUCAUUGUCUUGAUUGUAAUCAGCAUUGCUGUUACGUGCUCAGAGGUCUUCUUGAGAUUUGGAAUUUUGAGUGGCGAGAAGCACAAGGAUGGAGGUGGGAAUGCAAAGAUAAAUAACAUCGUGAAUACGAGAAGCAUAGCAGGACCAGCGAUGAUGGGGAGCUGGUUGAUUCCAAGUACGCCAUUAUUGAGCAUUGCGAGGACUGGGAUGACGGCUGCUUGGGCGUUGUGGGCAGCAAAGAGAUGGGGCUGAACCCAUCCUUCAAGAGGAUUUUUUGCGCGAAUGUAAACGAAUAUAGCUAUGUACAGAAUAUAGCCUUGCCCGUCUCGAA